UUAAUACUCGGUCGCGGACCACAUUCGUGGGCAGAAGAAGGACGCUCCGUGGCUGGAUGUAGGUAUCGCGAUCGCCGCCGCCGACGUUCCCGGCUGCUCCGGCGCGUAUUAUCCGCGAGAUACGUCACUGUAUCGUGAUCCGCUCCCCUCUCCCGCCGUGUCGACGGAGAUAUCGUCACUCGCGUGAACGGCCGCCACACAGGAUGUGUUCCGUGACUGAUCGCAGUUCGAGAUUUAUCGAAGAAAGAUUCUCGAAGGAAAUCUUUGCUCCGAUUGGUCCAUCAAACGUCAAGACGAACGCCAAACGAACGCAGCCGAAGCAAGUUCAACAAUCGAAACAACGAUCUAUUCUUUAUUCUAUAUAGUCGAUGGUAAAUAAUGGAUAAUAUUUUUGGGAAAGAAGAUUCUGGAGAUGAAAGCGAACAUAAUGACAUCGAGGACAAGGAUGAUAAAAAUAGUCCUUUACAAAAUUCAGGAUCUAAAGAUAUUGAAGCUAUGGAUGUUGAUGGUGCACAAAUCAAAACAGAGUCCGAUGCAAUGAGUUCUCAGUCACAAUCGGAUGCAGAAGAAAAUGAAAAUACAGGAUCAAAUUCUAUGUGCCCAAUUGUGGCGGAACAAAUGGAAAUUGAAAAACAGAAACUUGAUAUAAAGGAAGAACACAUUGCGGAAGAUAUAUUUGGUAACGAUAUCAUGUUACCUCGCGCAAAUCCAGUCACAAAAGAAAGAAGGGAAAGUAAAGAGAAAAGCAAGAAAGAGUUAGAGGAAGAAGAACGAGAGAAGAUGCAGGUAUUAGUAUCCAAUUUUACUGAAGAUCAGUUGGACAGAUAUGAGAUGUAUAGACGAUCAGCAUUUCCGAAAGCAGCUAUAAAAAGGAUUAUGCAAACCAUAACAGGCUGUUCAGUAUCUCAGAAUGUUGUCAUAGCUAUGUCAGGAAUCGCCAAAGUAUUUGUUGGCGAAAUUGUUGAAGAAGCUUUAGAUGUUAUGGACGCUCAAAAUGAAACUGGCCCAUUACAACCAAAACAUCUGAGAGAAGCUGUUCGCAGAUUAAGAUUGCAAGGUCAAAUACCGAAUGGCCGGGCGCAUAAAGCUUUCUUUAGGCUGUAAUUAUUUUAUAUUUAUGGUAUAUUAGUACAAUGCUUCUCAUUGAUAGAAAUCUAUCAAUAUUAAAAUUUGUAAACAUGUACAAAUUAUAUAAUUCACGAACAAUCAAAAUCGGAUUUUUUGCAUAUCUUUGCAAAAUUACUAUUUGUUUUUAGUCAAAACAUACUGUUCGUAUAUUCUCGACUAGUAUAUUAAAUUUUAAUAUUUUAUAGGCAUAUAUAUUUUACUAACAACUAAUUUAUGCUUUAUAUCUUUAAAUUAGAAUAUAAGCCAAAUGUAAUUAUUAGUAGUAUAUUUUUAUACUAUUAACAAAUUUUUUUGAUAUAUGAUUGUAAAUUGGAAAUACAAUUAUGAAUCGUCAAAGUGUAUAUAUAAAACAGAUAAUAGCAAAAUAUUACCAACCAGA